CUUCAACAUCCUCGCCGCCCUGCCCCAACCCAUCCCAACGCACUUAUUCGUGCCUUGUACCACAUGAAAAAGAUGGACAUCAAGAUCCCUAUCAGCCAACGACCUCGGUCGUUUGACCCUCCACCUAGUCAUACUCGACUCGGCAUCGCACAACAACCUUUCCCGGGAGUGCGUUGAGACGCUCCUCUCGUGGGUUCAAGAUGUGUGGCGUACCGUCUGGGCUAGAUGCACCGGCUUCCGCCUUUCGCAUACACGUUUACUGUACGCAGCAGACGUACGCGUAAUCGACCGCAUUGGUACCAUUGAUUCAACGUGUAAAAAAAAGGUUAGAUGCGCUCAAAUUCAAUGACGUUUCGGCUACCGGACUUUGGGGAAGACUUGGAUAGGGGGAGGACGGGACUAAAGAAACAGGACAUUGAGUACGUCGAUGGAGACGUUGAGCUUGACCCACCGACGCGUGUAUAAUGCCACUCCAUCCGCCCCCACCCUCCUCCUCUCCCUCGCCCGACCCCAACGUUUCUACCUCUGCCCUUCCCUCAAACUCCGCACCCCCACCCGCCACGGAAAAGCCUACCUGCACCUGCGCUCGUCAGAGUUUUCACUGGAUGCCCACCUACAACACCCUCGCCCCCGUCCUCGAAGAAAGCAUCGCGAUCUUCAAAACCACACCUUCCCUCGCCAACUUCGACGCAAUCUACUUCGGCGCGGUGUACGACCGCCCCACCGCGAUGCGCAGCGCGCUCACUGUUUUCGCCAAGGUAGCUGUUAACGGUUCGGACAACUACUCCGCUGCGCUCGCGACCCAAGGUGCGACGGUGCGGGACCGACAAGAUUGAAGAGCUGCUCGAGGGGCACAGCCACCUGUUGAUGGCGAUGGAUUACCCAGUGUAUCAGCCUGCCGGAUUGGGGCUUCUCCGUUUCGUGAUACUAUCGCCCCCGUCGUCUUCUCCUCCCUCCACAACUUCAAGCGCGCCCACGCCAUCAGAUCCGUACCGCGCUCUUGCCGCUCACCACAACAUCCGCACAGAACUGCACGGCACCAUCCUUUCCGUCUUCGAGCGCCGUCUUCGCGAACCUGGACGAUGACGUUGACGGCGCCAAUGUCAACGCUGGCGGUGCUAGUAACGACGGGGGAUUCAGUGCGAGCGCGGAUGGGGGUGCGAAUGGUUUCGGCAUUGGGUUGGGGGGAUAAUCGCGAUGCAUCGGCGUGCGCGAGGGAAAGCCAAGAAGCACCAGAUUUGGGGCGGCUGGCCCGAGAACGGUGGACGCGAUAUCGCGUUGGACGAUUUGAAGGAGCUGUGUAGGUCGCUGUUGAAGGAGCGGUUCACGGCGUGGUUGAAGGCGGCGGCUGAGAUGGACAAGUCUGUGGAGGGGGAAAUGAAAGAGACGGAGGCAGAAGCGGAGACGGGGAAGGAGGACGAGAGCAAAGUUGGAGAAGGGGAGGGGAUUCUCGCGUCAACGUUCGACCUCAUCGUUGCGUAGAUGCAAUGGACGAAGGGCGAAGACGCUACGUGAGUCCUAUUUUUGUCCAUGUCUCUCAAGGUCUCGUCGUGGCCAUUUCAUGCAGUUUACACGACCGACCGAGCAAAGCCCAUCUCGUCGGCUCUCUCGGUACACUCACCAAAUUCUGCAAAGAGCGCCAGCGACUCAUCGCAUAGCACGAACAAGAACUCUCACAGCGUGCCCAACGCACCCUUCAGGGAUCUCUCACGCGAUCUCUACCCCAACCUCAUUGCGGACCCAAAGUCUGAUCUCGAUCCCCAAGCCUCGCGCGACGCCCUCCUUGUGGAGAUGUUCCACGUGCAGCUCGGCGGUGCCAGCGGCUUUUCAUCAGGCCUGCCUCUCUCGACUACAUACGAUGACUUAUGGAACGGAGACGAAGACGACCCGUACCUAGGUUUAGACGAGGGCGAGCUCCCGCCACUCCCGCCUUUGCCGCAGGUAGCACCCGCGAGGGGAUCUGUGCCCGCGACCAGCGGCAGCACCUCCGGCAGGCGCGGGUCGAUGGUGCGCGUUGAACCGACGCUUGCGAUGCUUGCUGCGGCUAGUGCGCACGGACAGGAUUUGACGUGGUGUGGGGCUCCGCCGGAUGUUGGACAGGGCGGUGCGGGCGCGGGUGCUGGCGUAGGUACGAGUUCGAGCGUGAAUGCGGAUGGGGGUACGGGGUAUGGAGUGAGCAUUGAUGAGGUUGAUUGAUCGGAAGCGAUAUAGUGCGAGGCGAUUGUUCGAUAGAAGAAUGGUGUAUGUACUACCGUGCUUGUCCGUGUACCUAAUGCCUUCUUGGUUCUUGUUCUUUUGUUCUUGACUCGCUACCUGCUUGAUGCCAAACUGCCUCAUUGUUCAC